GGCGGCGGCGGCCUGGUCCGGACCGUCGCGGAGUCCUCGCCGCCCUCCGCUCGCCCACGGCUGCCCAGGCCCUCGGCCGGCCCCCGCCUGGUCCCUCGCGGCGGCGCGCGCGGCCGGGCAGGGCGGAGCCGUCCCGGGGAUGAGGAGGCGGUGGCGGCGGCGCGCCAGGACGAUGCUCCGGGGCUGAAGAGACGCCGGCACAGGCGCGGCGGUCAGGCGCAGCGCCGAGCCGCGGGAUGGCUCAGCCGGCCGGCCCCGCGGGCGGCGGGGAGCCGCGGGCGGCGGCGGCGGGCGGCGAGGGGCCGCCGGAGCCCGGGGAGGCCGCGGGCGCGGCCGGGGGCUCGCAGGACGCGCUGAGCCUGGAGGAGAUCCUGCGGCUCUACAACCAGCCCAUCAACGAGGAGCAGGCGUGGGCCGUGUGCUACCAGUGCUGCGGCUCCCUGCGCGCCGCGGGCGCCGGCCGCCAGCCCCGCCGCCGCGUGCGCUCGGCCGCUCAGAUCCGCGUCUGGAGGGACGGCCAAGUCACCCUGGCGCCCGCCGCCGGCGACGCGGGAGAGCCGCCUGCCUCUGCGGGUAAAUUGGGAUAUUCACAUUGUACAGAAACAGAGGUUAUUGAAUCUUUGGGAAUUAUUAUUUAUAAAGCACUGGACUAUGGUUUGAAGGAGAAUGAAGAAAGAGAAUUAAGUCCUCCCCUGGAGCAACUCAUCGAUCACAUGGCCAACACGGUCGAAGCAGAUGGUAGCAAUGACGAGGGUUAUGAGGCUGCAGAUGAAGGCCUGGAAGAUGAAGAAGAUGAAAAGAGAAAAAUUUCAGCUAUCCGGUCAUAUAGAGAUGUCAUGAAGUUAUGUGCUGCUCAUCUCUCAAGUGAAUCAGAGGCACCAAAUCAUUAUCAGGCAGUAUGUCGUGCACUGUUUGCAGAAACAAUGGAACUGCAUACAUUUCUGAGUAAAAUUAAAAGUGCAAAGGAGAAUCUUAAGAAGAUUCAAGAAAUGGAGAAGAGCGAUGAAUCAAACACAGAACUGGAGGAGCUGAAAAACGCUGACUGGGCUCGAUUCUGGGUACAGGUGAUGAGGGAUUUGCGGAAUGGAGUAAAACUUAAAAAGGUCCAAGAGCGGCAGUACAACCCUUUGCCCAUUGAAUAUCAACUCACCCCUUAUGAGAUGCUAAUGGAUGACAUUAGAUCCAAAAGAUACACUUUGCGAAAAGUGAUGGUGAAUGGUGAUAUUCCUCCUCGGUUAAAAAAAAGUGCUCAUGAAAUCAUUCUCGACUUCAUCAGAUCAAGACCUCCUUUAAAUCCAGCCUCAGCCAGAAAACUAAAACCCACUCCACCACGGCCACGGAGCCUCCAUGAAAGAAUACUAGAAGAAAUCAAAGCAGAAAGAAAGCUGCGGCCCGUCUCCCCAGAAGAGAUUAGACGAAGCAGAUUAGCAGUGCGGCCACUUAGCAUGUCUUACAGUUUUGACUUGUCAGAUGUAACUACCCCUGAUUCUCCAAAGAACACUGCGGAAUCAUCAGUGGUGAAUGGAGGUUUGACAUCACAAACAAAAGAAAAUGGGUUAAAUGCUGCACAGCAGGUGCCUGUGCAGCGGAAGAGGCUCCUCAAAGCUCCGACUCUGGCUGAACUGGACAGCUCUGACUCCGAGGAAGAGACUCUGCACAAGUCAGCCAGCAGCAGCAGUGUGUCUCCCUCCUUCCUUGAAGAUCCCUUACUGGAGGCUGUGUCCACAAGGAAGACACCUCCGAAAUUCUUGCCCAUAUCAUCAACGCCCCAGCCAGAGAGACGGCAGCCUCCCCAGAGACGGCAUUCCAUUGAAAAGGAAACGCCCACUAACGUGAGACAGUUUCUGCCACCGUCCAAGCAGAGCUCCCGGUCUCUUGAGGAAUUCUGCUACCCAGUGGAAUGCCUAGCUCUUACUGUGGAGGAGGUGAUGCAUAUUCGUCAGGUCCUGGUGAAGGCAGAGCUGGAAAAAUACCAACAAUAUAAAGAUGUCUACACUGCCCUGAAAAAAGGAAAGCUUUGCUUUUGUUGCCGAACCAGGAGAUUUUCCUUCUUCACCUGGUCUUAUACCUGUCAGUUCUGUAAGAGGCCCGUGUGCUCACAGUGUUGCAAAAAGAUGCGGCUGCCAUCCAAGCCAUACUCUACUCUUCCGAUCUUUUCAUUGGGACCGUCUGCCUCACAAAGAGGGGAAAGUAGUGUGAGGCCCGAAAAACCCUCCACCAGCCACCAGCGGCCACUGCGGAGCAUUUCCAGGUUCUCCUCAAAAUCUAAGUCUGUGGACAAAUCAGAUGAAGAACUACAGUUUCCCAAAGAGUUAAUGGAGGACUGGAGUACUAUGGAGGUGUGUGUAGACUGCAAAAAGUUUAUUUCGGAAAUCAUCAGUUCAAGCCGGCGUAGCCUGGUGCUGGCCAACAAAAGAGCCCGAUUGAAAAGGAAAACACAGUCUUUCUAUAUGUCCUCACCAGGCCCCUCAGAGUACUGCCCUUCAGAGAGGACGAUCAAUGAAAUCUGAGCCCGUGCCUUUCAGUUGCUUUUGUGUUCAGUGUCGGUGUUAGCACAGGAGAACACUGAGCUGGACUGUCUCUCCUUGCUGUGGGCUUUAGUUAAUAGGCUUGAUUUGCAUUAGAUCAGGUUUUUGCUGCAUCGCAUUGUUCCACAGACUGAAUGCUGUGUUCAUAUCAAUUGAUGAUAUGUGACAGGUCAGCCAAUUGCUCGUUUGCACUGAGAGGACAAUAAUUUGAAACUUGCUUUUGUGUGUGUGUGUGUAGAUUUGGAGGCCAGAAACUUUUUCCUUAGUUCAGUUCCUUACUGUUCCUCAUAUAAUUUUCUGACUAAGGUAAAAAUCUUCUCAUGUGAGAAAUCAGCCUAACAAAGGUGUCGAUGUUAGCACAGUUCUAAGCAGUAAGUCAUAUUGGCACUUCCACCUGACAGUGUUCCUAUCUAAUGUACAUAGUGAUCCGGAGCCCUGCCACUCACCAGAUGUCUGGGGGUGGGGCCCCGCUACUUAUCAUCUCACAGCACAAAGCCUAGAAGGAUUUGCUCAUACUGUCAAACUGAUUGUACAUUAUUGCUGCUCUGAGAUAAAGACUACAGGAGGACUUCAUGCCUACAUUUUAGUGCAAAACAUCUGAAUAAGCUGUCCACCCGAGUGGAUGGCCAUUUCCUCUGAGCUGCUGUAUUUGCCCCAGUGCAAUGGACCAGUGUCUCUUGAGUGAGUGACAGGUUUUCAUUCCCUAUCUUACAUGUACUGUGGUUACUUGUAGUUUUAUAUUGGAGAUCUAGGAGUUAAAAUUUUGUAGGACUAGAAGACUCAACGUUGGUCAACAAGUUAACUAUAAAAAGGGUUGUAACAGCAUAGGGUGCCAGCUAUCGGCCACACUGGGAAUGAGCUGGAGCUCAUGCAUUUUCAACUAUGUUUUUCAUAGCUUUAUAGUCUAGCCACCAUGACUAAAUCAAGCCACAAUUUGGUACCUAAGGUCUCAAACUAAAAUUUAUUUAUUUUUAUAAAUGAAGUUGAAAAGAAAACAAAAAACAUUGUGUAGUUCUUUUUAAAUUACAAGAUAAUUAACCUGCUGUUAGUCUUUUUGGAUGCUUUUUGCACAAGUUUUCCUUGUAAACAACUGAGCAAGUGGGGUGGGCUUUUGAUGAAGGUAGGUUGGAGGACAACAUUGUAUACCUGAAAUUUCUCUUGUUUGGCCCAUACCAUGGGCUAUACUUUAUUAUUUUGGUAUGCUUAGAAAUGACCAACCAAUCAAAUUGCCAUUAAUGUUUGCAAAGUCAGUUAAUGCACAUGCACAAUAAUUUCCUAAAAGCUGUAAGACACGUCUGUAGUCAACACUACGACAGCACCAUUUAAUAAAAGGCAUGGCAGUCACACUUCAUACCACAUCAAAAUGUAGUAACAUUUCUAUAUUAAAUUAACAGUAAUACCUCAAAACUGCUCUGGUAGUAGUUCUUAAUGGAUUGAAGUUUACAAUUUAGUAAAUGGCUUAAAAUUACUUAUGAAAUAAAUCUUACCAAUUGACUAAAAUAAUGCAUGUUAACAGUUUGUCUGUAUUUGCAUGUAAAGUGGGCCACCAGAGAACCCUUAUUGAUUAUGCAAAUGUUUAAAUUAUUUUAAAGACUCUUGUCUAAGAGCUGUACACGGUAUAUUGGGUGAAUCUCAUUUAUAAAAUUUUCCCAGGGACUAUUUGAACUCUACCCCAGAUGGUCUGGUGGGAGCCACACCUUUCGAAGGCCCAGGCCUGGGCCUAUAAAACAACUACCAGGAGGGGUGCCAGGCAGAGGGAGUGGUAUUUGAUAUGACCUGGGAUAGUGUGCCUUUUAAUAGAAUGACACACUAUCCCAGGUUAUGUGGUUAGUUAAACAUAAGAAACCAAACCCCCAAAAUGAUCAUUUCAUUCACCAGGCAAAUAUCUAGCACAUCUGAAUCUUUGACUUGACUUCAUAUGGGCAGAUUUGGGCAUUAUGAUCAACUCAUACCAGAGCAUUGCAAUGUAAAUUCUUCAACAGCAUUAUUGCAUUAAAGAGGUUACAUGGAUGAUAUAUCUGCAUGAGACAAUUUGCAGAAAGUAGUGUAAGGAAAGAGCACAUGAUAUAGUUAAAAUUAGAGAAAUCAAAUUAUCACUUUUUGUUGCCAAAAUAAUUUCUUGCAUUUAAUCCUGUCCUAUCCAUGACAUGUACCAAACACCUCCACUAAAUUAGGUAAUUUCCAGAGAGCAAUUCACUAACAGCUUGUAGAGUGUGGUCUUACAAUCCUUAGGCUGACCUUAGGUCUCUCUUCCUCCUCUUUCUACUAAAAUAACAUACCUUUACAGUGUUCCUCUUUGUCCUGGUGUCCAGCUCUUUGGCAUUUACUUCUGAUCCAACAACAAUAAAAGAGUUGUUGGCCAGCUGGUCUCACUUGGAGCCUGAUGUGUCUUAGAGCUUGGACGCACCCCUGAGCAGCCCUCCCUGCGCACAUCCCACCUCUAACUCUCACCCUGACUCCCUCCAGGCUCAAGCACCCACCCGCUGCUUUGGUCCCAGACCUCAUGAACUCACCCUGUUGGAAGAUCUUUGUUUUCUUCCCCAUGGCUUAACUUUCUACCAGUGUCAGAGUAGAUAAGAAUGCUUGUAAAUACUGUAAUAUAUUUAUUAAUAUUUGAAAGGCAUUCAUUCAGUGGACAAUGGAAAUUAACUCUCCCAAGACAAGUAAAAAUUAAAUCAAGUAAUUGAUAUGUACAUCGACUUAACAGUCCUACUCGAGUUUGUCUUAAGCCUUUCAAAUUAAACCAGAAGGUUGUUGUGUAGAAAUGUAAAAAAUGAUCUUACAUUUGAAGAGAUUAUGUGAUUAACACCGUGAACUCAUACCAUGAAUUUUCUAAGGCUUUUAUUUUUCUAACUGUAUUAAUAAAUAUAGGACUGGAUUUUAGGUGUCACAUAGGAGACAUGAACAUUUUAAAUUAUGUUGCUAUUUGCUAAAGCAAAAUAGCAGAAAAUUUUGUACAUGCAAAACUGUGGAAGGGCCAUGGAGAAAUGUGUAUACAGACUGGGCCUGGACCUGGCUUCCUACAUGUAUGAAAGACAGUGUCACUGGCGUUCAGGGUGACAUGGCGGUACUAGAAGUUUUCCAUUAAAAUCUUUUAUUUUAAAAUUUAUCUGGGGGAAAAUAAAAUGACUUUCCAUCAUA